AUGUGGCUAGGAGUUUGCGUAAAAAGCAAAUAAAAGCUUGCUGGAUGUUCAAACAUGGAUAAACGCAUGCAGCAAUCUGUGAACCAUUUGGAAAAAAGGUAAUCGUUGGCACCAAAAGUCCAAGGGUCACUUCUUGGGCAACCCUUCCUUCUGUGGAAAGGAAAAGUUUAAAUUCAGAAGGUAGACAUGAUCUCCCUGGCCUAUUCAAAGACAAUACCAUCCUAGCCGAAACCAAUUUUUUCAUAUACUUUCAAAGAACAAAUUGGGUAUUUUAGUCCUCAAAACAGGUUUUUACAGCUUGUAAUGUGGGACUGUGGUCCCUAAUCAAUUCAACAUGGCUAAGCCAUUGCCAAGACUACUCGAAGCUCAGCUGUUCCCUAUCUCUCUCAACUUGCUUUUGUGAGCUUGCUCUUGUAUGAUCAGCUCAAGCCAAUAUAGACUACCAUUUAUUAGGACUCCAAGUUUCAUGUUGAGAUCGCAGUUUAAAUCCUAUAUAAAACCAUCCAAACUCUGUCAUUCACAUUAGAGGUUGGGAGUGUGUGUUUAAUUUCCAAGGAGUGCCUCCAGUAGCCUCAUGUCUAAUACUUCAGUUUCCAUUGCUACCCUCACAGUUGCCCUAGUAGUGGCAGUAUUGGGCACAGUUGCACCUCAUGCUGAGGCUGCUCGUGCUUUCUUCAUCUUUGGUGACUCACUUGUCGAACAAGGCAACAACAACUACUUAGCAACUACUGCACGUGCAGACUCCCCUCCGUAUGGCAUCGAUUAUCCAACUCACCAAGCCACUGGCCGCUUCAGCAAUGGACUAAACAUCCCUGAUAUUAUCAGUGAACAACUUGGAGCUGAGUCCACAUUGCCAUACUUGAGUCCCCAGCUCACAGGACAAAAACUACUAGUUGGUGCCAACUUUGCUUCUGCAGGAAUUGGGAUCCUCAAUGACACUGGAAUUCAGUUUCUCAACAUUAUAAGAAUCUCCAGGCAACUUGAGUUUUUCCAACAGUACCAGCAAAGGGUGAGUGCACUCAUAGGAGAAGAGCAAACACAAAGGCUCGUAAACCAAGCACUUGUUCUCAUCACUCUUGGCGGCAAUGACUUUGUUAACAACUACUUCUUGCCACUCUCCCUUCGGUCACGCCAAAUGUCCCUGCCAGAUUACUCACGCUAUGUCAUAUCAGAGUACAGAAAGAUUCUAAUGAAGCUAUAUGAGUUGGGAGCCCGGAGAGUCCUGGUUACUGGAACAGGACCACUGGGCUGUGUUCCAGCUGAGUUAGCCAUGAGUCGCUCAAAUGGACAAUGUGCUGAGGAGCCCCAACGAGCUGCAGCAAUAUUCAACCCACAGCUCAUUGAAAUGGCUCAAGGUCUCAACAGUGAGCUAGGAUCCAACAUUUUCAUUACUGCUAAUGCAUUUGAAAUGCACAUGGACUUCAUCACCGAUCCCCAACUUUACGGUUUUGUGACGUCCAAGGUCGCAUGUUGCGGUCAAGGACCCUACAACGGGCUUGGGUUCUGCACCUUGGCAUCUAACCUAUGCCCAAACAGAAACAUCUACGCAUUUUGGGAUCCAUACCAUCCAACGGAACGGGCAAACAGGCUCAUCGUUCAACAGAUUAUGUCUGGGUCUAGCAAGUACAUGAAUCCCAUGAACCUAAGCACCAUCAUGGAAAUGGAUUCCAGGACCUAAUCUAUAUAACCCUCCAAAAGUAUGGAUACUUCCCAUCAUAGUUCCUUUUAUAUACUACUUUUUUCAGUUUCUGCUGUCGGUUCAGAAUCUUCAGAUUCAUCUUCAUGUGUUAAGGUUAAUAAAUUUAAGCAUAUAAAUCUAGGGUCAUAUGUAUUAAAUAGUAUAUUAUGUGAUGGUCUUGUCCUAUAGUAUGUCUGCCAAUUGUUUCAGAUCGAGCACUUUUGUGGUAAUGAUAUCUCUGUAAUGAUCAUAGAACAUUCCCAGUUCAAAUGUAAAAGCACGCCAGUAUGAAAGCUUCUUUUGGGAGUGUGGACCACUGCA